AUGCCGGGCGAGACACCCAAGAUCCAGUCCUACUAUGUGCCAUCGCUCGGACCCGCUCCCAAGUGGGCCAGCUUCCUCGACAACCUCACCGAGGAGCUCGAAGAGGACAAACAACUCGUCUACGAAGACUAUAAGUUUAUCACACGUGAAGAGGUCGAGCAACUCAACAUGGUCAACAUGAUCGGCACGGGCUACCUCAAGGCAUACAUGCACGGUUACUUUAUCCACAUCAAGCUCUACAACAAGAUCAAGGCCAUCCAGAACCCAUUCGAGUACGAGCAGUACCGUGCCCAAUUGGUGCAAGACGCCAUCAAGGAGCAGGUCAGCUCGCGUGUCUCGGCCACCGCCAAGACGGCCGUCAAAACACCCAAGGUCAACAGCAAGCUCGCCCAACGUCUCGAGGCCAAGGCCAUCGCCACCGAGGACGACGACAAGAGAGCCAUUGCCGAGCAGACCACCAAGUCUAUCAUGUCAGACUCGCGUUUCGGCCGUGUCUUUACAGACAAGGCAUUCGAAAUUGAUGAAACCUCUCAAGAAUUCAAAAAACAUAAUCCAGCUGCCAAACUUGCUAAAUUGGAUUCAAUUUAUAAAGAACAUUUCCAAAAUGUUCAAGAUGAUGAUGAAGAUGAAAAUGAAGAAGAAGAGGAAGAAAAAUCAACAACAAAGAAAAAUAAUAAUAACAAAAAGAAUAAUAAUAAUAAUAAUAGAAUGGAAAUUGAUUCAGAUGAAGAUGAAGAUAAUGUAUAUGAUCAUGAUUAUGAUAGAGAUGAAAUGAAUAAUGAAAAGACAAAGAAAAAAUCGGUUGGUUUCUAUGAAAUGAAGACUGGACAUACUCUAUCAUCGUUGACUGGUACCAAUCAAAAUAUCGAUAUUCUCAAGAAUGCACCACUUUCCAUUAGAGUUGAUACCCACGACAAGGGUAUUUCCAAUCUCAAGAAUGCCAAGAUCAAAAAGACUGACACUGCCGAAAAUGCAGCUGCCGAAAUUUCAUUUAUUCCUUCUAGUACUGGUAAAAGUAAAAGAGGUGGAAGUAGCAGUAGAGGUGGAAGUAGAGGCGGUAGUAGCAGUAGAGGUGGAAGUAGUAGAGGUAGAGGCGGAAGAUAA